AUGCAGAGACACGCAGUAAACCGAGACCGGGAGUUCGCCGCCAUGGUCUCUGCUCUCAAGUUCGUCAUCUCCGGCCGCUGUGAAGACGUUCCUUACCCAGCCAAUGCGGAAUUUCCAAGUCAUCAUCCGCAGAUUGUGAUCCCGGUACCUGAUGGUGACCCGUGUGCGCACUGCAAAGUCGACGGCUGUUUGGGGUGCGACCUUUUCGAGCCCGCUCUUCCUCCUAGCGUAGCUGAUCAUGACGAGGUUAGUUCGAUGAAGAAGAAGAAGUACAGGGGAGCGAGGCAGAGGCCGUGGGGCAAGUGGGCGGCGGAGAUAAGGAACCCGGCCAGCGCCGCCAGACUGUGGCUGGGCACCUUCGACAAGGCAGAGGACGCCGCCAGGGCUUACGACAGGAAGGCCGUGGAGUUCUGGGGAGCUAAAGCCAAGACCAAUUUCCCAUUGUCCGACUACCAACUCAUUACUGACACCUCCGAGCAGCAGCCACAGAAUGUAGUAGAAACCGAUCCCAGUUCUAAUGCCGCCGACAUCGGGAACAAGAGUGAGUUAGAGGGAACUUCUGGGUUGACGACGCCUUUGCCGGAGGAGGAUGUUGGCGCAGAAGUUGAGCUUUGGGAAAGCAUAACAGUAAAUGAAUGGACAGAAUACGACUGUAUAUAA